UAAAAUUCAGUACUCUUUUUCAAACGUCAGAUUCACUGUGAUUGUUUUUAUUGCUUAACGUGCUUAAUCCAUGACUUAAUUAUAUAUAUCUUAUUAAAUCAAUCUGAUAUUUCGAUUAUUAUUCAUAUUUAGGUAAUAUAUGAUUUUUUCAAUAAUGAUGCGGACCAAUGCUCUGAACAAAUUAUUGAAGACUUUUCCAAGUUGUGCAAAAAGACCACUGUGCACAAAUGCUGUAAACGUGAAUGACAUAGAAAUUAAUUACACCAGAAAAAGAAAAAUGAAAGCAUGGCAUAUUCAUUCUUAUGGAUCAUUAGAUGAAGUUAAACUGUCAGAAAAGUAUAGGACUCCUUUCAUUUCCCAUCCUAAAGAUGUUUUGGUUAAAGUUAAUGCUGCUUCAGUCAAUCCUAUCGAUGUGGCUAUGUUAGGAGGAUAUGGGUCUACACUUCUAAAUAUAAUGCGUUGCAGUGAAAUUGAAUUUCCUCUAUGCUUAGGCAGAGACUUCUGUGGAACAAUUGUAGAUGUUGGUCAAGAAGUUAAUCGUAAAAUUUGUCCUGGACAAAAUGUUUGGGGUGUAGUACCAGUACAUUUACAAGGAUGUCAUGCAGAAUAUGUUCUAGUUCCAGAUAAUUGUAUUGCUUUGAAACCUGAUUAUCUUAGUGAUGUUGAGGCUGCAAGUAUACCCUAUGCCGGCCUAACUGCUUGGAAUGCUUUAUUUAGUAUUUGUUCAACUUUAACAUCAGGUCAUGGACCACGAGGGAAAAAGGUUUUAGUCUUAGGGGCAGCAGGUGGUGUUGGGUCAUUAGCAGUUCAAAUGUUAGCAGCGGAAAAAGUCAAUGUAAUAGCUGUUUGCAGUAGUGAUGCAAUGGAAUAUGUUUCUAAAUUAGGUGUUUCAGAUGUUUUAGAUUAUACAGCAACAGAUUUUAGUCAGAGUAUAUUUGAUAAAGGACCGUUUGAUAUUAUAUUUGAUUGUGCUGGUUUGGGUCCUCAAGGAGCAGGAAAAUACCCUUGGAAAUAUUUGUCUUAUAUAACUUUAUCUUCACCUAUGCUAAGAAAUACAGAUGAAUUAGGAAUGCUGGCUGGAAUGGUAAAAAAUAUAUCCAACUUAUUGGAACCGAAUAUUGAAUCAUAUUCUUCGGGACAAGGUCUGAUACAUUGGGCUUUUUUCAGGCCAAGUCUAGAAGGAUUGAUAUAUCUUAGGGAAUUAGUAUGCUCUGAAAAGUUGAAGCCUUAUGUGAAUGAAGUAUUUCCUUUUGAUAAUAUUCCUGAGGCCUAUAAAAAAGUUUUGGGAGGACAUAUGAGAGGUGAAGAAAUCUCUAACUUCUUCAGCUUCAAUCAACCGCUUCGAUGAGGCUCCAACAAAUAUUCAGUUUAAUUAUAAACAUGGACCAGAAAUAGCUCACGC